AAUCCAACAGCUGUUAGUAAAUGGUUUGACAUUCUGGAGGAGGAAGUGGUUAAGAAGGGAGUCUUACCUGGGCAAAUAUACACUAUGGACAAAACUGGUUUCUCACCUACUAAUGAUACUGUUAAACAAGUUAUUAGAGCUAGAGGGAAGAAGAUUCAGCAUAAAAGUGGAGGUGGAAACCAAGAAAACAUUACUACUAUUGUUACCAUCUGUACAGAUGGAACAUACACUAAGCCUGUUACUAUCUUCAAAGGCCAUAGUGUGUGGUCCAAAUGGACAGAGAACAAUAUAGCCAAUGUGAGGUUCACCAGCUCUCCAAAUGGUUGGACAGACUGUGAAAUAGUACUAGAUUGGUUCACAAAUCAUUUUGAGCCUGAAACAAGAGAGAAAGCACAUGGACACACUCAAGUUCUUAUUGUUGAUAGCCACAACUCACAUUAUUCAUUUGAACUGUUAGAAGUAGCAGUUCAACACAAUGUUGUGCUAUUAGGGUAUCCUCCUCACUGUACACAUGCUCUCUAG